AUGAGAAGAGCAAUUUAUAAAUUCGUGUCUUUAGUGUACGUUAUUAUCUUCAUCCGUGGUGGGCAGGCACGUAAAUGUGUGAAUUUGGCAAUUGAGAGAGUAAUAGAUAUUUAUGGCUUUUCUAAAGGCCUUCAUUGGGACAAUUGUACUCAAAAGCUGUACUUUGUUAAUAUAUACGAUCAAUAUAUACACAGUCUAGAUCCCGCAACAGGUGUUGUGAAUAGUGUAUACAUAGAACAUGGAACUGUUGGAGUUGCUAUACCUGUAGCUGGCACGACUGAUCAAUUUGUAGCAGGUGCUGGAAAAGAUGUUAUUCUCGUUAAGUGGGACGGAAACAGCAAUAAAUCGAACGUACCAAUCGAAGUAUUGUUUUCACUUGACUCUGCUCAAGUUUCAACAAGAACCAAUGACGGGAAAGUGGACCCAUCUGGAAGAUUGUGGAUCGGUACUAUGAGUGAUAAAGUUCCUGUCAAUGAUAUGGCUAAAAGUAAAGAAAUUCCCAAGCAAGGGUCAUUAUAUUGCAUUAAAGAUAAUCUAAAACCUGAAAAAAAGAUAUAUCCAGUUACAAUAAGUAACGGAUUAGCAUGGAAUAAACAAAAUACUAUCAUGUAUUAUAUUGAUACACUUACUCAGGUUGUAUCAUAUAAUUACAAUUCGAAUAAUGGGGAAAUAUCUAAUAAGAAGAUUGUAUUUGAUCUUGAUAAGACUAAUUUGAAAGGAUUACCCGACGGAAUGACUAUAGAUACAGAUGGUAAUAUUUGGGUAGCAUUAUUUGGUGGAUCUCAAGUAAUUGGCGUAAGACCGAGAACAGGAACCGUAGUGUGUAAAGUUGAACUUCCGGUUGAAAACGUAAUCAGUGUCACGUUCGGUGGUCCGCUUCUGGAUACUUUGUACGUGACCACGACUGGUUGCACAUUAGAUAAAAAACAAAACCCGGAUCCUCAAGCUGGUGCUUUAUUUGCAAUAAGAGGCUUAGAAGUGCGUGGAGUUCCAGCAAAUUUGUUUAAAUUAGCGAAGCAUUAA